CCAGGGAGCUCCGCCUGGGAUUUGCCCGCCCGCAGCGGCGCCAGGCUCCGGUUUCUCCCCUCUCUCGCGCGCGCUGCUGUCCAGGUGCAGCGCCUGCCUCUCCGCAGAAGAUGGACAUGAUGGACGGUUGCCAGUUUUCACCUUCUGAGUACUUCUACGACGGCUCCUGCAUCCCGUCGCCCGAGGGCGAGUUCGGGGACGAGUUUGAGCCGCGAGUGGCUGCCUUCAGGGCGCACAAAGCAGAGCUGCAAGGCUCAGACGAGGACGAGCACGUGCGAGCACCUACAGGCCACCACCAGGCCGGCCACUGCCUCAUGUGGGCCUGCAAAGCGUGCAAGAGGAAGUCCACCACGAUGGAUCGGCGGAAGGCGGCCACCAUGCGCGAGCGGAGACGCCUGAAGAAGGUCAACCAGGCUUUCGAGACCCUCAAGAGGUGCACCACGACCAACCCCAACCAGAGGCUGCCCAAGGUGGAGAUCCUCAGGAAUGCCAUCCGCUACAUCGAGAGCCUGCAGGAGUUGCUGAGGGAGCAGGUGGAGAACUACUACAGCCUGCCCGGACAGAGCUGCUCGGAGCCCACUAGCCCCACCUCCAACUGCUCAGACGGCAUGCCUGAAUGUAACAGCCCCGUUUGGUCCAGAAAAAGCAGCAGUUUUGACAGCGUCUACUGUCCUGAUGUAACAAAUGUAUAUGCCACAGAUAAAAGCUCCUUAUCCAGCUUGGAUUGCUUAUCCAGCAUAGUGGAUCGGAUCACCAAUUCAGAGCAACCUGGAUUGCCUCUCCAGGAUCCAGCCUCCCUCUCUCCAGUUGCCAGCACGGAUUCACAGCCUGCGACUCCAGGGGCCUCUAGUUCCAGGCUCAUCUAUCAUGUGCUAUGAACUAAAAAUCUAGUCUAGAUCACUUGUGCCAGGAGGGCCUAUUACACAGGAGGAAAGAGGCCCAAAAAGUCCAAAAGCAAGACAACCUGUAUAGAGAUUUCCUUUCAGCUGUAAAUUUGUAAAUAUUAUUUUGCCACUUUAUAAGAAAGUGUAUUUAACUAAAAAGUCACCAUUGCAAUUAAUACUUUAUUUCUUUUCUUCUUUUUCCCCAUUCUUUUCCUUCUUCUUUGCUUUAGUAUAUAGUUCCAAUAAUAUUAUUUCUUAUAGGAGGCAAUUCAUCGAAGGUAGCUUGUUGCAAUGCUUAACUUAUAUUUUUUAUAAAUAUUGCUUAUCAAAAUAUUAUCUCUGGUGUUUAGAUCUUUAUUUUCUUCUUCAGAACAUUAGAACAGCUGGAAAUCAGUUACAGGAGUUUUAAAUAUAUUUAACUUGUGCUUUUCUCUUUAAUCUUUGGUUAUAUUGUGUUAAAUAAAAUAUAACAAUACUGCCUAAUGGUAUAUAUUUUGAUCUUUUCUUAUAAGAAA